AUGCCACGUAAGAAAAUUUCCGACAUUGUCGAAGGACGUAUUUCGCAACUAUUACGUCAAGGAUAUUCUCAGCCUCAAAUUGUGAACAUUUUGAAACUUGAUCGUAUACAUGUAUCUCAACGUACUGUGUCAAAUGUCAAACGAAAGAUCGGCCGUCAAAGAAAUUCUGAAUCUAAAAUUAACAUUUUUCGAAAAAAACCAUCACAAACACCAUAUAUUAUUAAGAAGGUCAUUAAGAAGAUUGACGUCGAAGAUCCACCAACUCAACGUGCUAUUGCUAAAGAUCUUCACAUCAGCCAAUCGACUGUCUCGAACAUUAUCAAAAAUUCUGGAUUUGCUCUUCGAAAAAAACAGAAAGUUCAAAAGUUAACAUCAUCAAAUAUUAUGAAACGUAGACAGCGAUCAUUUCAAUUUUAUCUUCAAUUAGCGUAUGGAACUGGGGGAAGAAGAAAAGUAUGUUAUAUAAAAAAAACUGAUCCCGAUUAUGAUCGAAUGAUUAUUCAACAAAACACUUCACGACCAAAAGGUUUUAUGGUAUGGGGAGGUGUAUCAAGUCAAGGAAAAACUGCACUUCGUUUUGUUGCACCUGGUACAAAAGUUAAUUCAAAUUAUUACGUUAACAAGGUUUUAAAGCCAUUUUUAGCACAAGAUGUUCCACGUUUAUUUCCAAAAAGACAAAAAAUGAAAUGGUUUCUUCAUCAAGAUUCGGCACCAAGUCAUACUGCCGAACAAACAAUUAGAUUUUUGGACCAAAACAAAAUUCAUUAUAUAACACCACAAGAAUGGAUGCCUGAUAGUCCUGAUGCUGCACCAAUGAAUUAUUCAAUAUGGGGGUAUUUGAAACAACAACUGAAUAAAAUUCAUAUUGAUUCUCUUGAUGACCUUAAAAAAAAGCUUUUGAGUGAGUGGCGAAAGAUGAGUCAGACUUAUAUCGAUAAAGUAUUAGCUUCCUGGCCAAGGAGAGUUUUAAUGAUAUAUAAAGCUCGAGGCUCUCAUAUCGAACAUCGUUUAUAA